AUGGUGAUUGCUGGUGCAUCUGAGCCAUCGCCAGUGCGCGCUGCCGCCUGGUCGGCUGUGGUCGCCCAGCCUCAGUCGGGGCCCGGAAAGGCGACCAUGCCGACGGAGCCCCCUGUACCGCCGGCUCCGACGCCCUCGACAACAGUCGCUGAAAAGACUCUUCCCCACGCACCCGCGGAUCCCCUUGCCGUGUCGGGGGCUGGCCCGUCUGUUCCUGCGGCUGCUCCGUCCGCUCCGCCGGCUGCUCCUGUUCCCCUGGCCCUCUUCGUCGAGCCGUUGGUGCCUGCUCCUGCUGGGGAUGUUGCUGAUCCCCCAGUUCUUGUCCCUCGCGCGCCCGUUGCACUGCCUGCUUCCGUCAGCGACGCGCCUGUACCGGCUUCUGUUCCGUCGACAAAAGCGGCGUCCGCCACCACUGGCGGCCCGGCUCCGUCGGUUGCGCCCUCAGCGGCGGGGCAAUCCGUGCCUGCUGUGGCGCCGUUGGCCCCGGCAGGUCAGCCGUUACGUCUCCCGUCGCCUGACCGCCGACCGUCUCGCCCUCAUUCCCCCUCGCCCCACCAGGAUCGCAAGUCGUCUCGUCGCCGUCGUGAUUCUCCGCGGCGAUUCCAGCAGCAGCCUCACUGGCCUGCUCGCCCCGGUGGUCAGGGGGACUGGAGGGGUCCCCACGGGCGCGGUGGUGGUGGGGGGUACCGCCCGCCGGUGACGAUGGCAGAUCUUCAGCGGGAAGUGUCGAGGGCGGUACGUGAGGAGAGGGCGUCGCAGAGCCAGAGCAGUUCGAUGCGCGCCUCGCCGGCCCAAGAGGCUCCACGCCAGCCUGUGCUCCCGUCGAGUCCACCGCCUGUCGCUGCACCCCCUCCUCAGGUUCACAUCCCAACGGCUCCUGCUCCUGCUGCGUCCGCGCCCGCCUCUGGAGCGCGUCUUCGCUUGUCGCCGGUUCCGCCUGUUGCGGGGGUGGAAUUUGCGGCCGCUGGUGGCGUCGCGUUUGCGACGCAGUAUUCGCAUCCCGCUGAUGAGGAUCAGCCGCUCCUGAUCCUGGCGGAGGCGCUUCAGCCUCCGCAGACUCGUCGUGACACCUGCCUGGACGCGGCAGACCAGCUCGCGGUGCUCCUGGCGCCCGUGCUGGCUGCGCCCGCGGAGGGAGGCGCUGCUGCUGCGGGACAGCUUGACGAGGCUGUCCGGGGCCUGAGGCGGCACUUGCGUGCUGGAUCUGGAGCCGCGGCGAUCGGCGCAAGCACGCUUGUGGUCCGGGAGCUGUGGCGCUCCCUGACGGGCGUUCUUCACGCCCUUGGAGCGCACCGCAUGUAG